UAGCUUACCUACAGAUAUCGGAAAAGUUUAUGCAUCAACUAAAUCGGGUGGGCCAGAAAUUUCAUUUCAAAUAUUGCGCGAGUAUAACUUUGAUAUUAACACUACCUUAAAAACUAUUCCUAUUAAAUUAUUAACAAAGGAAAGAAAAUACUAUUUAUAUACAAAAAUUAGACAACAUGUAGAUGACCCGUAUAAAGAUGUAUAUU